GGAGAUUGUGAAGAUAUGGACAAGAUUAGUCAGUUGCCUGAUGAUGUGCUCGUGAAGGUACUAUCAUUUCUUCCAACAAAAGAUGCUGCAAGCACAAGUAUUUUAUCGAAGCGGUGGGAGUUUCUUUGGAUGUGGCUGCCUAAACUGGACUACAAUUAUAGUGACUAUUCAGUGUCUCAAGGCCGGAGUUUGCAGAGGUUUAUCGAUUUGAAUCUGCCUUUACAUCAAGCUCCGAUCAUCGAAAGCUUACGUCUCAAGUUUAGCCAUGGAGCAAUUGGAUCAAUCAAACCUGAAGAUAUCGAAAAAUGGCUUUCAGUUGCAUUUCAUUUCUGCGUUCUUGAGUUAAAUCUUGAGCUUUCUUCUUUUGCGAGGCGUAAAACUAAAUUGCCUAGUAGCUUGUAUGUCUGCAAAUCGAUUGUGAUCUUGAAACUGGAGGACGAGGUUCUCGUGGAUGUUCAUCGUAUGGUAUGUCUCCCCUCCCUCAAAACUUUGUCCCUUCGACGUGUGACUUACUCUGUUGAAAAUUCUCUUCACCGACUUCUUUCCAACUGCCCUGUCCUUGAGGAUCUAUUUGUGGAACGAGAUAACAUUGACAACUUGGGAAUAUUAAGAGUAAUUGUCAAGUCAUUGCAGAGACUAACCCUAAAGAUGUCUAGUCCUUGUUAUCUUGAUGGUAUUAUGAUUAAUACUCCUUCUCUGAAGUAUCUGAAUGUCACUGAUGAAAGACUAGAGAGUGAUAGUGAUAAUGAGAGUGACAGUGAUAGUCCUCGAUACUCCUACUCUUUUGAAGAUAUGCCUAAGUUGGAGGAGGCCGGUUUUGUAUUGACAUUCCAAAAUAUCAAAAAGUUUUUUACAACAAUCACAUCUGUUAAGCGCCUUUCGUUAUGCUUAGGAGUCUACACUGAAGAGGCUUUAUAUCAUGAGGGUAUUGUCUUCAACCAACUUGAACAUUUGAAGAUAUGUUCAUGUGAUUCAAGUUGGUCAAUUUUACUUGCUCGGUUACUCAAGGAUUAUCCUAAUUUACGAGAGAUCGAGGCCAAUCUGAUAGAUGAUCAUCCAGAUAGGCUUGCGGAUCUACCAAAUGAUUGGGACAGACAAUUGAACAACUGUGUUCCUAGAUGUUUGUUGUCGAGUGUGGAAACUUUCAAGUGGACUGAUAUGUAUGGGUUGCGGAACCAGAUGGAUGUGGCGAAAUAUAUCUUGAGAAAUGGUCGCUGCUUGAAGACUGCCACAAUCUUGUUUGCGUCAUGCUAUCAUCAAGAAACAGUGGAUGAGAUGACCCAGGAGUUGUCACUUUCUUUUCUAGGUUCAACAACAUGCCAACUCCUAUUUGCUUGAGGAUGUGAAUCAUAAGGAUUCAGACUUGCUUUCUACAGACACUACAACCCUCCGUAUUACCAUGGUUUUUUGUUUUGCAGCCGUAACUUGAUCUAAACUUAAGGUUUCUCUUUUUUUUUUUAAACAUUUUUGCAUACUUGAAGGGAUCUUCUUCUCAGAUUUUCACAUUGGCUUUACCUUCUUUUGAGUGCUUAACAUCUAGACUCUUUAGGUUUCAAACUAGCUUCACGAAAUCACUUUAAGUUCUUGAGCCUAAAUGAAAAUGUAAUUUUAUCUCUUUUUCCGUUGUGUAUGUUCUUUGUAAAACUUUGCAAACCGAUCUUUGUAUAUGGCGAAAUAAAAUAGUUGCAAAAAGAGGGACAAGUCUUAGACAAGAGCAACAACAGAGGGAUAUGAAGAAACAGAGAUGGGGAAUAGAUUAGAUAGCUUGCGAAACAAGUCAAACAUAUACAUAUACGAUAGAAAGAUAAAGAGAGAUAUUGAAUGAAGAAUCAGCCGAAGAAGCUAGG